AUGAACUUGAAUGGAUUGAGAAAAGGAUACUGGGAAGUCUUGGAUAAGCAAGCUAGUGUUGAUUCAGUAUCUUCACAUGAAGAAACCCCAAAGGGUUUGAAUCAGAUAUCAAAUCCAGAACAUCGUGUCCUUCCUUCGCCCAAGGGCAAAGAAAACAAAAUUGGAGAAACUGGCGCCGCUGACCUCAAAUCAGAUCAAAAUGGCGACAAGACAAUUAAGAAUACGAGAAAGAAUAAGAAAAAGUCAAAAGGCAGCAAGUCACAAGUAGAUGAUGAUUGGACGUUUUUGGAAGAACUGGACCAAGAGCGAAACGCCAAAACACCACCUAAAAAGCGGCUGGGAGGCGUCGAGCUGACGGAUGAGAAGAAGGGUCAAGGCAAAGGAGGGUCUACCAGUGAGGAAAUCAAGAGGAUGUCUGAGGCAGAGCGCGACGAAUUUAUCAAUGGCCCUGUUUCGCAAGCAUUGAGCAAGGCCUUCAUACCUUCCAUGAAAAACUCAGAAGAUCACAUUUAUCCAGGCUUACCACGACCAAAGAGCCGGCGCAAACCAACAACAAAUGAAGCUCUUGAAAAGCAGCUUGAAGAUUGGAAAUCAUAUGUGAACAUGUGGAAAGUUUUGGGCUUAGAUUUGGACUUGAUGGACAGCAUAUCAAGGCACAUGAAAAUUGAUGUCAAAACAGAUCAUUUACCUUUGUCGGUUUUGGGUGAUUAUACGUACGAAGUGCUCAGGGACGUAUGGCACACGCCUGAAGCAAGGGUACAAUUUCUAGCCAAUUUCCAAUGGUGGAUGAAAGAUAUCUUAAGCCAAGAUGAAUUUCACCGAAGGAUUAAAACCUUGGUCCAGCAAGUUUCUGAACGCACAAUUGUUGAGAAUUGGAAGUUGAUCAGCAAGCACCUCGUUGAAAAGAAUUCACUCAAGAAGUUUCAAGUUGAAAGGAUACAGAAAUUCUACAACCUUGCGAAUGAAUUUCCGAAACCAUCUACAGUUUCCCAACUGCAGGAAGAAAACCUGACCUGA